AUGGCCGCGCGUUAUACAAUUAUUGUUUUGCUCUCGGUUAUUGCCGUCAACGUUGUUUUGGGCGACCUGCAAUGUACUUAUGAUGUCCCUGAUGUACCUACAAAUUGGAUUGUCAUGGCUCCCGAGUGCCAAGACGCCAUGACAGCUUUAAUAAACACAAAACUCUUAAAUUCUGCGCAGUAUUUAGCGUUGGGAGCGUAUUUUUCAAGAGAUUCUGUUAACAGAAUCGGGUUUUCCGAUUUAUUUUAUAUCAAUGCUGAUGCAAAUAGAGAUCAAGCAAUUGAAUUGAUUGAUUAUAUUGUUCUUCGAGGAGAAUACACAUCUCCAGACAAUAUUCUACAGCUUUUCUACACACCAGCUGUUCAAGAAUGGGACAGUGCAGAAGACGCAGUGACAUCAGCACUUAACCUGGAAGCAGAUCUAACCAAUCAGUUUCAUAAUACAAUUGUCACAUGCGAAAGCCAAGGAAUAAAUGAUUAUAAUAUUGCUAAUUGGCUAAGUCGUUAUUUCCUUGGGGACCAAUACAGCGAUCAAAAGUUCUUCGCCGAUUUGAUUUCUUCUCUGGAUAAGAUGAAGGCACAGCAUCAAGAUCUUGGAGAAUUCUUCGCUGACCUUGAAUUAUUAUCGCUGUAA